UUAAUACCAGGUCGCAGAUCUCAGGAUCACCCCACCCGGGAAUGAGCAAGCCGGGAAUCAAUAGCGGAUCAACAGGUUAGGGAUCAGACGAAAGCAGAGUCAGUCACAAGCCAAGGGUCCGGUCACAAAUGGUAGUUAGGAUGAGAUGAAAUUGUGGUCAAGAACACGCCAAAGGUCGGUAGCGGAGGUGUAGAUGGCAGCAGGACCAGUAGCGGGAUAUUGGCUGGAAAGGCACAAUAAUCUGGCAAGUAGGAAGUGCAUGGACAUGGCUUUUAUAAGGAAGUUCAUGGGAGGAGCAAGGAGUUCAAGGUUCAAGAGAAAUCAAGGCACAAGGCAGGUUUAU